CAACAUCCUCAGCAGUCAUGGCCAAGUUAAUACUUUCUACCGGAAACAUCAUUUCCGGCGGGCCCUCCAUUGUUCGCAAGCCCGGCGCAUCCAACCUCGAACUCGUAAACUCUCUGAAAGUCAGCUUCCAAGAUGCGCAACUAGACUACGCCGACGAGAUUGAGAACCUGAAUGCGAAUGGAACGACGAAGACGACGACUACGACCAAUGGCACCAGCAAUGGCGUCCACGAAGCCACAAAUGGCGAUAGCAACACUACCGACCCCGUAGCAGGCCCGCUCUAUUGGACGGCGCAAGACCAGAAAAACAACACAAUCUUCGUGCCCCGCAUCGACUGGGAAACCGCUGGACUCUCUGAAGAGUGUUCGCAGUACGACAUUACCGUCAAGAUUUUCUUCCUGCCUACCACAACGCCCGACGUUUCGAGGCGGGCGCAAUACACAACCGAAGCAAUGGAGCUAGUGCUCAAAGAGCUCGGAGGGAUCCCAGACGUCGACCUGCUCGUCGUUUCCUUCCCGGGCAUGUCCUUCGACGGCGACUGUGAGUGGGAGGCCGACAAGCUGAACGCUUCGCAGGGUGACGACGAGUCCGAGAUUGCGACUUGGCAGGCGGCCGUCGAGGAGCUGCACCGCCAGGGACUGGUGAAAAGGCUGGGCAUCUCCGAGUUUGGCACCGAGAAGCUGGCGCGGUUCAUCAAGCGCGUGGCAAUCCCGCCGGCGGUGGACCAGAUCAACCUCAAGAACUGCUGCAACGUGCCGCCGCCGCUGGCGACGCUGGCUAAGGAACAAAAUGUGGAGUUGUUGGUGCAUAGCGAUUGCACGGAUAUCUUGCCCGAGGGGACGCUGAGGGAACUCCUGGGCCCGCAGGGUGCUGGGCUUCUGGCUGACCCAGCGACGGGCAGCGGCGGCUUGACGGGAAACCUCACGCCACAAUGGGUGAUUAAGUACACGGCUGUGGUGAAGAAUAGGGGCGUGAUUGAGAAUAAAGGAUACUUUGCCGGUGCCGAGUUGAACUGAGGCACUCACUCUAAAAUACUUGGGGGGUUAAUAGAACCGCAUACAAAACCGACCUAUAUAGCUGCUGCAUAUUGUGUAGCUGGGUCGAAGGGAGUUUUUUUGGAUGGGACGGGUGGCCAGGCAGGCAAGCAGGCAUUCUGAUUCUAUUG